AUGAGCGGCCGCAGUCGGGGCCGAAAGUCCUCCCGCGCCAAAAACCGGGGCAAAGGACGAGCCAAAGCCCGCGGCCACCCUGCUCCAGACGACGCCCCUCGCGUCCCGGACCUCCCACAGUGCCCGAGGCUCGGGGAAGACGCCACCGAGGCGGCACAGGUGCAGGCUGGCGCGGGUAGGGGUGACCUGGAAAGCGCCGCGCCCGCGCCGCCCCUCAGGCCCGCGGCGGCGGCGGCUGCUGUUGUCACGGCCGCUGCCGCUGCCGCCGCCGCCGAGGCCGCCUGUCGGCUCCCCCUGGACUGUGGCCUCGCGCUCCGCGCCCGAGCUGCGAGCGACCGCGGGCGGCUGGCCGCUUCCAGGCCCGGCGCCGGGAAGACCCUGUCCCUCUCGGAGCGCUUGGUCGCCGACACGGUCUUGGUGGGCACCCCGGGCAUGGCGGCAAAACACAUCAACGCCGCCCGCGUGGGCAGCCGGCGCGUCCCCACGGGGAAGAAGGCCCCAGAAAUCCGUAGUGCCGUGGGAAGGGGGCCUCAGGUCGGAGCUGGCGUGAAGCCCAAGACGGGGGCGCCCGCUGCCGCCGAGUGUACCCCCACCCCUGUGGUGGUAGAGGAGAAGGUGGUGGAGGGGGAUUCGGGGUCAGGGCCCCCGGCCGGCGAUGGUGGCAGCAUGAAUACGCUGGAGACGGUGCAGCUCAAGCUGGAGACCAUGAACGCCCAGGCGGACCGGGCCUACCUUCGGCUCUCGCGCAAGUUUGGGCAGUUGCGACUCCACCACUUGGAGCGCAGGAAUCUCCUUAUUCAGAGUAUCCCAGGUUUCUGGGGGCAGGCCAUUCAGAACCAUCCCCAGCUGGCGGCGUUUCUGAACCACCAAGAUAAAGAAAUACUCGGGUACUUGAAUAGCUUGGAGGUAGAAGAGCUGGGCCUCGCCAGAUUGGGCUACAAAAUCAAGUUCUACUUCGGCCGCAAUCCCUAUUUCCAAAAUAAGGUGCUCAUCAAAGAGUACGGCUGUGGACCUUCGGGUCAAGUGAUCUCGCGUUCCACUCCCAUCCAGUGGCUGCCAGGGCACGAGCUGCAGCAGCCCCCCAGCCCAGGCAACCCAGAAAAUAACCGUAGUUUCUUUGGUUGGUUCUCCAACCACAGCUCCAUCGAGUCUGACAAGAUCGUUGAGAUCAUCAACGAGGAACUGUGGCCCAAUCCCCUGCAGUACUACCUUAUGAGUGAAGCGGCCCGUGGUGGAGAGAAAGGGAAGGAAGCCAGGGCAAGUCCUACCAAGCCGCCUGAGGAGACGCCGGAGCCCGGGAUAAAGCAGGCUGAUUGA